AUGUAUUGGAUAGUGAAGGAUUUUUUUUUCUUUACUAGGUAUGGUGUCUACAUAGGUUUGGAUGUAUUACACGCUUGCAGUACCUCAAAAAUCAAGAGUAUUCUCGAACAGAACGAAAUUUUAUUACGCCCAAACCAAGUGAUUCAUUUAUUUAAGAAAAACGAAGAUCUUUUUAAAAUAUAUAUCGAUUACAGUUACAGAUUGCGCAAAAAUCCGUAUGAUGAGGAAUGUGUAUUAAAUUUAUUAGCUUACGAAAAUCCUGGACUCUUUUUACAACUCUUAAAAUGCAAUAAAAUAAGUAAAAUUAAAUUAUCGAAAUCCGCCAGCACUAUAAUCGUAAAUAUCGCCAAAUCGGAAAUACUCGACGAUCCUCAAUAUUUUUAUAAAAUAUUAAACACUAGAGCUCUCGUAUCAACACUAAAAACGGAUUUCGUUACAUUUUACACAACGCUGACCAGAAAAUGCCCCAAUCUAAAUUACAUCCUCAAAUAUUUGCCCAAAAAUAAAAGAUGGCAAACAUUUUACGAAGUGUAUAAAGUCAAUUUUCCACAAGACAGUAUAGAUAAACUUUUCAAGACGAUCCAUUCCAACAUAAUAGUCUUACUGAAUCCUGGUAAACAAAUUGUAAACGCUUGGGCAGAAGUCAAUUAUAAAAUUAACAAUGACGAUAAAUUUCUGCAGUAUUUACCAACUUCUAUUUCGAUACCAAUUUUAAAACAAAAGAUAAACGUCACUUCGAAUAAAGAAAAUAGAAAAGCUUUGUUGCUACUUCUGAUAACCACUUGUGCAGAAAAUAAAGAUAUGAAAGCGCUAGAUGAAGUUAUGGAAUACGUUGGGUCAAGGCACAAUAACGAGGAUGAUUGUACUCAUAGAAAAAUCAUCGAAUUUAUUUGUAAGACCUUCAGUAAUGAUGAAUUGACCAAAAAGCAUUGGGAUUUCAUCCUACAACAAGCAAAUUUAAUACGUCUGAAAGGGACAAUUCCUAUUUACGAUUACCGAAAUAUCAUCGAUAAACUUUUACAUUAUUCGUACAAGAAUGAUAAAGAAAUGUUCAAAGCAGUAGCUAAAGAUUUCAUCUUGGAUACCGCACAAUGGGAUGCAUGUAAUUUCAGAACCAGUUUGCCAAAUGCGGACUUGGAGCGCGAUAUGUUUGUCGAACUAUGCAAAUUGUUGUCAGAGGAUCAUAGAAAUUUCCGAUCCAAUCUGAGGAGCGUUAUAGAGGAAUUUUACGAAAUAAGCCAGUACCGUCCAGAACAUUGUUUGAAUAUUCAUCAGUUUCCUUAUUUGUUAUCUGGCAUAGAAGUAGCCAUAAAUAAACAUGAAAAUGAUCGUGAUUACGAUGAUGAUUGUAUCAUCAAAUUUGCGAUAUUAUAUCACUUGAAUUUCCCUCAAUAUUCUUUAGGAUUUUUGAACGAGACAAAAAUAACUGAUAUUCUUAGUUGUAUAGAUAAAGAAUGCGUUGAUGCGUAUAAAGACGUACUCAAGAGCAUUGUAAAGAAAGACCGUUUUUCUCAAACUGAAAGGGCCAUAUUGAAAAAUUUCAUAGAACAAGAUGAUCUUAAUCGGGAAUUCGAAUCAAGUUGGACGACCUACGGUAUAAUAGAAGCCUUAAUUAUGCAACAUCCAAAAUUUCUUGCGGAACAUUUCGAAAGGCUUCAUUCCAAAUUCAUGAAGUGUUACGAUAAAAAAUGUAUAAAGCACUAUUCGCAUUUGGGAUUGGACAAAAAGAUUUGCGAAUAUUUGUUGAAAGAUUGGAAACAAAAGGAUCAUAAUAAUCAAGUAAUAUCGAUGAAGAUCAUUCAAAAUUUAUUACCUGAAGAACACUUCAUUGAGUUUGUUGAUGGGCAUUUAGAUGAUUGUCAGGAUAAAGAUGAGUUUUUAAAAAUACAGCAGUAUAUUGCUGGUUUGUUAAAGAAAGGGGAUACUGCUAGAAAGUAUUUACCAUUGGUGUUGAAAUUUUGUAAAGGAAAUCGUUUGUCUUAUGCUUUACCUUCGUUGUAUAGUUUGUUUUCGAGAUCACCGGAGAAUAAGUUGCAUCCUUAUAUCGAAAUAUUAUCCAAACGAGAUAUGUCUGUACGAAAACAUGCCGUAUUUUUAAGUUGCGAUUUUCUCGAUUAUAAUUAUGUGUUCAAUUUGCUAAAAUCUUCAGAUUGCAGUCCUCAUCAGUAUUUAUGUUUGGCUGCUUUGAAGUAUUUUAAAAAAAAUAGUACUAAAGAGUUGUUUAUGCUUAUUGAAAAGUUGCUGGUUAUGAUUAAUCAAAGCCACAAAGAAAUAUUUUCAACUUUAGUUAGGAUUAGAAUUACUAAAACGUAUAGAGCUCGGUACAUCGAAAUUUGUUGGAAAAUAUUUGAAAACGUUGAUGACGAUACAAUAAACGUUAACAAAUAUUUUGAUAAAUUGUUAGAACAAAGUUUGGAGGAAGAUGUUUUAAAAUCUAUUUCUCCAUUGUUCGUAAAAAAUGUCAUUAACCGCCACUUAUCCGAACAUGGUGAACAUCGUUUAACAAAUAUUGAUAAGUUUGCUGUGUUGUGUUUGGAAUAUAGAUGUACAGAGAGACCAAAUAAUUUUACUACAGUAUUUGGAACACUCUCUAAAUCAAACAAACCAAUCAUCAGUGGUUUUUGUAAAAUAUUUAUCGAUUGUAUGUACGACUCUAAACCAGAUUCCAAGUUCAUAAAUAUUUUUAUCGAAAAUUGGAACAAAUAUUUUUCUACGGUAGAUGUAAUAAACGAAUGCAUAACGUUAAAUCUUCUGCUUAAAUAUUCCAAUCAUCCUCUAGAUGAAUUCGCUGAAACUGUAGUCAAUUAUUUGGAACAACUAUUUAAUGAAUUUGGGCCGCAAAUUUUUGCUAUUUUCAAAGAUAAUUUCGAAAAAUGGGUGAACAAAAUGAAUAUAUUAGAUCGGCAUAAUUUGUUUUAUUCAAUGAUAAACUAUAGAACAUCACCAGCACUUUAUGUACUUAUCAUCCAACUUUUAAGACCUGUAAACUAUGAAAAAACUGAAGAUUUAAAAUCUGUGUACAAGAAAAUUAUUCAAAUUUUUGAGUCGUCAGAAGAAGACGUAGUAAAAUGCUGUUAUGAAAUUUAUUUAACUAAAUAUGAAACAUGA